ACUCCCUAAGAAAGAUACUGCUAAAGAUUUCCUCACUGAAAUGGAGGAGCAAUUUAAAGGCUCCGACAAAGUGUAUGCUCAUGAGCUUUUUGCUAAACUUCUUCAGAAAUACACUAUUGACGGAAAUGUUAGGCAGCACAUAUUGAGGGUGGUAAAUGCUUUCACCAAGCUUAAGGCUUUGGAGUGUUCUUUAAGUGAAGCCCUUCUUGUCAUAAUUAUUCUUGAGUCUCUUCCUGAAGAGUUUGAACAAUUUAAGGUCAACUAUAACUCUCUAAAGGAAAAAUGGCCACUCUCUGAGAUGACCGCAAGGAUCGUCCAGGAGGAAGAAAGGAUCAUGAGGCAGAAGAAAGACCAUGUCUUUCAUGUUGGCUCUAACAAGAGAAAGCAUGACGGACAAGGUUUCCCUAAGCCUCAGAAAAGGCAAGUCAAGAAAGAAGGCACUAAGCCAUUCAACCCUAAGGCAUUCAAGGGUAAAGAAGCUGGUGGUUCUUCUUCUGCUCCUAGCAGCUCCACUGCUGGAGAAAAUGCUUGUAACUUCUGCAAAGAAGAGGGACACUAUCAAAGGGACUGCCCAGGCUUUCUAAAAUGGAUGAACAAAAGAGGGAUUCGAUACGAUCCAAACCAUAAGAGGAGGAACAAGAAAACUUAAGGUUGCGAACGGAGUUGAGGCCGAUGUUGAAGCUG